GUCGACAACCCGGUAACUGAUGAUAUUCAGACCCGGCAGUACCGAUCUCCCGAGGUCAUUAUCGGCGCGAAGUGGGAUGAAACAGCAGAUGUCUGGAGUGCCGCUUGCAUGUUCUUCGAGCUGGCAACUGGCGACUACCUCUUCGACCCUAAGAAGGGGGAGGAUUGGAACAGGGAGGAGGAUCACCUCGCUCUCAUCGCCGAGUUGCUGGGCGACCUGCCGACGAAGGAGUUCGCUCUCUCUGGGAAAUACUCCAAGGACUUCUUCACCGGUGCAGCCAAGCUGAAGCACAUCAAGAAGCUCAAGAUGUGGCCUCUGCAGGGAGUCUUGCAUGAGAAGUACCGCUGGGGAGAAGCUGAUGCUUCGGAGAUGGCGGACUUCCUUCUUCCCAUGCUGACCUGGCAGCCGAGCCAGAGACAGCCUGCCGCAGAGGCCUUGAAGCAUGCCUUUGUGCAGCCGCGAGAAGGCGAGCUGGACGUCUGGCCAGCUCCUCAGAAGCAGAAGCUCGUGGACGAGGCUGCUGAGAGCGCUGAAGCUCCUGCCACGGAGACGACAGCAGAGUCCUCCCCGAAGAUCCUGGAGCAGUCUCCUGCAGAGGCAGAGGCAGAGGCUAAUGGCCCGGCGAGCCCUGGGAGCCCCGAAGAGGCGUGA